CCGUCUUGGAUCAGAAAACUUUGGGGUAAGCCCUUCGACAAGACCAAAAUGUGGUUGCUACUAAUAGUGGCAAGUUUGAUGUCCGUGUUUGGACCUGCUCAUGGAUUUGUGGGACAACUAGCACCUGAAAACCCUGAAGCAACUAUGAGUGUUGCUGAGAUGAUUGCUUACUGGGGCUAUCCAAGUGAGGAAUAUAAAGUUGUGACUGAAGAUGGUUAUAUCCUUGGGAUCAACAGAAUUCCUCAUGGGAAGGAAAAUUCAGAGGACUGCGGCACAAGGCCUGUCGUGUUUCUGCAGCAUGGAGUGCUUGCAUCAUCCUCAAAUUGGGUUGCCAAUCUUCCCAACAACAGCCUGGCCUUCAUUCUAGCAGAUGCUUGCUUCGAUGUGUGGCUGGGGAACAGCAGGGGAAAUACCUAUGCCAGGAAAAACAUAUACUAUCCAACAGACUCAGAGGAGUUCUGGGCUUUCAGUUUUGAUGAAAUGGCCAAAUAUGAUCUUCCAGCUACAAUCGAUUUAAUUUUGAAGAAAACUGGACAGGAAAAACUACACUAUAUUGGCCAUUCACAGGGUACCACCAUCGGUUUUAUUGCCUUUUCCACAAACCCAGAACUGGCUAAGAAAAUAGAAGUAUUUUAUGCUCUAGCUCCAAUUGCCUAUAUCAACCAUGCAACAACACCUCUUAGAAGACUUUCGAUUCUCCCUACAUCAUUGAUAAAGUUUGUACUUGGAAAUAAGAUGUUCUUGGAACACAACAUUUUGGAUCAGUUCCUUGCUACUCAAGUGUGCUCCCGUGCGGCACUGGAUAUCCUCUGCAAAAAUGCCUUAUUUCUUGUUUGUGGUUUUGACACCAAGAACUUGAACACGAGUCGUUUUGAUGUGUAUUUAUCACAUAGUCCAGCAGGAACUUCAGUUCAAGAUAUCCUCCACUGGGACCAGGCCAUUAGGACUGGGGAAUUUCAAGCUUAUGACUGGGGAAGCCCAGCUCGGAACAUAAUGCACUAUAAUCAACCCACACCUCUUCAGUAUAAUCUGACGUCAAUGCAUGUACCAAUUGCACUGUGGAGUGGUAGCAAAGAUUGGUUGGCUGAUCCUCAAGAUGUUAACAGGUUGCUUACCAAACUCCCUAAUAUUAUUUACCACAAGGAGAUUUCUACUUACAAUCACUUAGACUUUAUUUGGGCAAUAAAUGCUCCCCAAGAAGUUUACAAUCUCAUUGUUUCCAUGCUAAAAAAAGAAAAAAAUUAA